CGCCCCCCUAUACACUCGGGGAAAAUGGCGACGGCGGUACUGCGUUUCUCACGGCAACUUGCCAAAAAACAUAUUGGAUUACUGGGCCGUGAGAAAUGCUACCAAACAUCAAACCUUUCUAAGGCGGUUCCGUGUCGAACCGUCGUUUCAACCGCGUCUGGUGCCAUCCUACCGAAACCGAAUAAAACAUCCUUUGGUCUCAUCCGGAUGACCAUCGUGGUGGUGCCCUUCCUCUACGUCGGAACGCUGAUCAGCAAGAACUUUGCAGCUCUUUUGGAGGAGCAUGACAUCUUCGUCCCGGAGGAUGAUGAUGAUGAUGACUGAUCACUCAGCCUCUUAAAAUGGUGCUUCGGAUCGGUGGUGGGAAAGUGUGCCAGUUGCAAUAAAGAGGGAACAGUAGAUUUCGCUGGAAUCGACAAGCACGGUGGUGUCGCGAUGCCUUCCCUAUCGCAGAGCUCCCGUCCUCCUCUCUUUCAGAUCGUUUACAUUAAUAUCAUUUGAAGUUGUGUCAUAUCAUAAUCAUGUGAGACUACAAAGGCGAUCUGUCUAUUAGUCCUCACUCCUGUCUGCAUGUCAGUGUGUCUUGCAACUCAAUAAACAGAGUAAAAAGUA